ACAGUCAGAGAGAAUCACUGAGGUGAGGUGAGGCAGCCGGCGUAUGAUGAACCUCUGACGCACAGACAUCGAUGUGCCACGUGUACGGCAAAGAUGUGACUUGACGAUGCGAUCGUGCGGAGCACCAUCGUUUAACUUUUCCGACAAGCACAAAAAUCCUCAAAAAUCUUCCUUUCUACCGAUCUUACCGUGUUCCUCCGCAUGAUUCACAAAACCUGCUCCAUCAAACGUAGGUUCACGGUAACGCAUUCCCACUUAGUUACUCACUCACUAGGUUACGAAUCAAAACCGAUGUUAAUGGUGUUCCUUUUUUCCGCUUCCUCGUUUCAGUAGCAUGUAAAUUUCUCGAGUGAGCACUGAUUAUUUGGAAGUUUCAUCGGAAAGACCAACAUUGCUUUGAUUGUUUUAGUGACGAGGAGUUUUCAGUGAAUAGGGAAAUGUCUUUCCACAAUCGAGCAUUUUGGAUGGGGAAGAGUCCUGAGGGUUUGAAUGAUGGUGACAUGACAAAGGAUUCUUCUAGAAUUGAGUCCAAGCGUGCUCAUCAGUGGUUCAUGGAUGACCCUGAAGUGGAUAUGUUUCCCAAUAAGAAACAAGCCGUAGAGGCUCCGAACAAUUUGUUAUCUGGAAUGCUCAACUCCAAUAUUUCUUUGUGGGGAAAUUCCUCAGGAUUUCACUCUUUAAAUGGUCAUUUUACUGAACAGUUAUUUGCCCCAGAUGCAGCAACUAUGAGUUUUGAAGACACAAACACCCCCUCUGUUAGCAUAGAUGAUAAGUUGAGUGUGGAAAGAAAGGAUAACGUGGAUCGCUUUGGGAGUGAGUCCUCUUUUGGUUUAUCCAUCUCAACUGCAUUAGAAGAUCCUCAUUUAGUUUUUAAUUAUGAUGGAAUUAGAAAAGUCAAAUUUAACGAGGUGAAGGAAUCUGAGAAUGUCAUGCCUGUUACUACAAAUAAUCCCUAUGAUAGGGGUGUUAGUGACAGUGUCUCAAAUCCUUGUCUAUACAAGGAGGAGGAUAAUUCCAUAUCAACGAGUCAUGCCUACAAUGAAGAGGUUGCCAAUAUAAUAACAAUGGAUGGCACAUAUGACAGGACAGAUAACAAUUUCAUGCCAAUGAGUCAAUCCUUUAACAAGGGAAAUGGCAGCUUAUCUAUACAUCCAACGUUCAAUGAGAUUUGUAAUACGAUAUCAAUGGAUCUUGGUUUCAGUAAGGUAGAUAGUAAUGUAACAUCUAUUGCUCAAGGUUACAACAAGGUCUAUGGCAAUUCCGUGUUAACUAACCCCUUAUUCAAGCAGGGAAAUGAUGUGCCAUUUGUUUCACAUUCCUAUAAUAAUGGAGAGAGCACUAUCAUAUCCUUUGGUGGCUGUGACGAUGAUACAACUCCCUCUGACUUAUUCAUUUCUGACUAUGAUCUGUUGAUGUGUGAAGCACUUUCACAUAAGUCAGAAGCUGUGAAUGUGAAAGAGUUGGCUAGAUCUAGUUCAAAUUUACUUCCAAGUACAGCUCAGACAUCUGCACCUGAAACUGAAAAUGUUCCCAAGUCAAAAGGGGAGAUAAAAAUGUCUAGAAAAGCAACUUCAAACAACUUCCCUUCAAAUGUCAGAAGUUUGCUAUCCACUGGUAUGCUGGAUGGUCUCUCAGUAAAGUAUAAGGCAUGGUCACGGGAGAAGGAACUCCGAGGUGUUAUAAAAGGUGCUGGCUAUUUGUGCAGUUGUCACUCAUGUAAUUUUUCCAAGGUUAUUAAUGCAUUUGAAUUUGAGCGACAUGCUGGUUGCAAGACAAAACACCCCAAUAAUCACAUUUACUUUGAUAAUGGGAAAACUAUAUAUGGGGUUGUACAAGAGCUCAGGAGCACUCCGCAGAGCAUGUUGUUUGAAGUUAUUCAGACUAUAACUGGUUCACCUAUCGAUCAGAAAUCCUUCUGCAUUUGGAAAGAAUCUUUUUUGGCUACAGCAGGGAACUCCAACAACGCAUAUGUGCAAAACAAGAAGUAAAGCAAUGGUUAUAAUGGAGCAAUUUUGAGUUACAAGAUAGCACAAUAUUUGUUGGUUUCAUAAGAGUAAUGUUUUGAUUACACCAUUUUCUGACGGAUUGUCAAUGCAUAAGUUUUGAAUCCUCUACCCAUUUGAGGAUAAACUCGUCUUUUGAUGAAAAUAGUAGGGAACUCUCCAAACAAAAUGGAAAUAUGUAUUGCUGCAAUUGGAUCUAUCAUGGUAGCAUACAGUCGAUAAAUUUCAUGAAGGGAAAUUGAUUUUGUUGUCAAGGUCUUAAUCUUAUUAAUACCCUUAUUAUCAUCGUUUUCUUUUGUUGUUCUAUGUGUAUCAUAUCUCAAAUCGAAAUAUUGUAUAAUUAGAUACACUUGCAAA